GUAGAGAUGGCCGAACUCCGCUAAGCAGUUCUUGACCAACUUUGUCACCAUGGACAUUCGCCGCGGAUCUGCGGGGCUCCGAAGGUGCGGGGUGCCUGUCUGCGCGGGGCUGCUGGCCUGCCUUUUCCGGUCUGUUUGCUCCCUCGGUGACACGCAGAGCAGCGAGUUCACGUUUCUGCUGCCAGCCGGAAGACUCGAGUGUUUCUUUCAAACUGCCCUUAAGAAUGGAACGAUGGAGGUCGAAUAUCAGGUGAUCGCAGGGGCUGGGAUGGACGUCGACUUCAGCGUCCUCUCUCCAGAAGGCUACAGGCUCAUGUUUGACUCUCGACGCUCUGAUGGAGUGCAUGUGGUGGAGCCUACAGUCGAGGGCGACUACCAGAUCUGCUUCGACAACAGCUUCAGCCGCUUCUCAGAGAAGAUGGUGUUUUUUGAGGUCAUCGUGGAGGGGCAGGGAGGUGACGUGGGGGAUGAGGAUGAAUGGGCGGGUUUGGAAGAGCCCGACGGGAGCUUGUUGGAGUACAAGCUCGAGGACAUUCGGGAGACCAUGGACUCCCUGCAUCGACGUCUGGAGCGGAGCCGCCAAAUGCAGACCAUGCUGCGAGCCUUCGAGGCCCGGGACCGGAAACUCCUGGAGGACAACCUGUGGAGGGUUUCCUUCUGGUCCUGCGCCAGUAUGCUGGUCAUGCUGUGUGUGGCCUUCACCCAGGUCUUCACUGUCCGGAAACUGUUCGACGAUAAGCGCCGAGUCUGCACUUAGAAGACUCCUUAUCCAGCAGGACCUUGCGCUGUCGUCACCGAAACAUCAGGACGGACUAAACCAAAGAUUGCUGGCAUGUGAAGUCAAACAUGGUGGACAUGACAGAUGUCGAGGACAUGGAGAGGUCACCGUGACGUGGCCAUGCUGAAGAAUUGUAGUGAUUUCUGGACUUUGAAAUGCCCAGCGUCAUGGUGAGUGACUGUCUUUACACGUGGCUGAAGAACGUGCCAGUGUGAACACAGAUUACAGAUUAUUUGUGUCUCACUCCGACGUUAGCUUCCUUACUCCGUUCUUGACUGUUCAGCUAUAAUAUAUUGCAACAAUGCUGUAAUAUUUUAUUUUUUUGAGACAUAAAAUGUGACUUAAAUCCAA